AUGCAUUGGUCUACAUUGACCGCCGUUCUUGGUUUCGUGGGCGCCGGCGAGGCCCUCCUGCGAGGUCCGAAGCCGAUCAAGUCCAUGAAGACCAUUACGGAAACGCUGCUUAGCGAUGCCAGCAAGAAGCCCAGCACGGGCAACGCGACGGUGGCGUACUUUGACCAGCUCAUCGACCACAGCCGCCCGGAGCUGGGCACGUUCAAGCAGCGGUACUUUUACAGCACCGCGUACUACCAGGGGCCGGGCUCGCCCGUCUCCGUGGAAGCGCCGUCCGAGGCGGCGGUCCGCGACGAGUACGUGGUCCUGACCAACAAGACCAUGGUCGGCUUCAUCGCGCAAAACCUGGGCGGCGCGGCCGUUACCCUCGAGCACCGCUUCUACGGCGCGAGCACGCCCGUCCAGGGCGCCCGCAACACGGAGAACCUGCAGCCGCUGACGCUGGAAAACUCGAUUGACGACCUCGUCUACUUUGCGAGAAACGUAAAGUUUCCGUUUGAUCCGCAAGGCAAGUCGCACCCCGACAGCGCGCCGUGGACGCUGAGCGGUUGCUCGUACGCGGGCGCGCUAUCGGCGUGGACUGAGAAGCUGGCGCCGGGCACGUUUUGGGCGUACGAGGCUGGCAGCGCGGUCGUGCAGGCCCGAAAUGACCUCUGGCAGUAUUACAAGGUCGUGGGAGAGGCAUUGCCGCAGAACUGCUCUGCAGACUGGCGACGUGUCAUGGCGCAUAUUGACGAAACCCUCAUGCAUGGCUCCGACAGCAACAAGAAGCAGCUAAAGGGCAACCUCGGAGCGGCAAACCUCAGCGACCAAGCUGCUGCUGAGUCUGCGACGCGGUGGUUGGAUAAUUGGCAGAGUCAGCAAUAUUACUCGGGAUAUUCUUCAAUCUUCAAGAUGUGCGACUACAUCGAGAACCAAUUACCCGAACAGUACGAGCCCGCGCCUGGUCCCGAAGGUCUUGGACUGGAAAAAGCCCUCGAAGGCUUCUUUCGCGGCCUAAAGGACCGGAAGCUGUCCCGUGAGGACACUCUUGACGACGGCGGCUCUGAUCCCUGGCUCUGGCAACUCUGCAACGAACCGUUCCAGUGGUGGCAGACGGAGCGCCCCGGUACACCUCUCCACGUCACGACUGGCUAUGACACGGAAGAAUCCAUGCGACGAGAGACCUGCCUCGACGGCUUUCCCGACGUCGGCAGGCACAAGGUGGGAAUCAAGCUCGGCCGCGACGAGGACACUGUCAACCGCCUGACGGGCGGCUGGGACAACAACAACGCCACGCGGCUGGUCUGGGUCAACGCCGAGUUUGACCCGUGGCUGUACGCGACCGUCUCGUCGCCGGAUCGACCAGACGGGCCGCUGCAGAGCACGGAGAAUGCUCCCGUGUUUAUGCUUCGCGGUGCCGCGCAUUGCAACGACUAUGUGACGAAGAAUUACGACGUCAACGAGGAUGCGCGCACCAUGUUUGACGGAGUGGCGACGAAUAUGAAGAAGUGGGCGGCGGAAUUCUAUGAGCAGUACAACGUGACGCGCAGAUUUUGA